AUGGAUACACUAUCACCAUCAUCAUCAUCACUGCUAGAAAGAGUAGAAGAAGAGAAUAAAGAAUUAAGAAAACUCAUUGACGACAUACAUACGAGGAUGUGCACUAUAGAACAAGAAAACAAGUCAUUGAAAGACACUGUAGAAGAGCAACAAGCAAAUUUGUAUUGUUUGGGUGAUAAAUACAAAAUACUAAAUGAAAGAACUAAAACACUUGAACGCACUAUACCAUCACCAACAUCAUCACCUAUAGUACAAAAUAAUCAACAUACCAAAGGAGGAGAGCCCUCUACUUCAACUUUUGGUUAUUUGAGUAAUCUCUUCAACUCUACCAUGACCGCUCCACCAAACAAAUACCAAAAAUCCUCUUCAUCCUCUUCAUCAGCACUAACAACCAAUAAUAAUAAUCCUAAUCCUAUUAAUAAUAAUAUAACAACAAAUCUUUCACCAAUUAGAAUUAUAUUAUCAAGGCCUAGUCAAGGUUUUGAAAAAGGAUCGAUUGAUAAAAUACAAUAUUAUCUAAAGACAAAAGUACAUUUGUAUAUGUUGAACAAGUCAAACAUUAAUUUGUUGGAUUUUAAUGUUGUGGAGCAUGAACAACUUGCAAACAAUCCACUCAAUGCCAUAACCAAAGGUGUAUGUCUGUAUAUGGUUGGUUUUAACAGUGCAAGAAUCAUAUUUGAUGAACAUCUUGAUCAUAUCAAUAAGCUACGCGUACAAUACCCAUGUUGUAAAAUAGUAUUGGGUCUAUGGGUGUAUGGCGCUAAAUCAGAGCCAAUCCAAUUAGAUACCAAUAAUGCUACCGACCAAGUCCUAACUUUAAUCCACUCAAAUGGUUCAAUGGUUGAUGAAAAGUGUGCACAUGCUAUAGAAAUAAUAAAUAAUUUAAUUCAAUCUAAUAAUCAAAGACAAGAUAAAUAG